AUGAUGGUGAUUAGGCGACAAGAUCCAAAAAUUGUACAGAUAGACAAGUCUUGCGGCUUCGCGGCGUCGACCAGGCGCAAAGUCAAUUUGAUCGACAAUCCUGGAGCGAUCGAGCCAUCAAAUUCCAACAAACGCAGCGCAACCCUUCUCGAAGUGGAGGAUGAAGAGGUAGAUAAGGGGGGUUUGUUGGACGGGUUUGAGCGAAUGGAGACCCCAGAACAUCCUCGGCUUCUUCCAGAUAGCGAAGAAUCGACCCAACAGACUCAAAUCCUGGACGACGAUGCCACAGGUAUCUACGGCAGUACAGCUUCACGGAAGCCAAUCCUCCCGCAACUGCGAGUUUCGUCAGCUUGCGAACCUGCCUUGAUUGCUUCGACUAGGAUAACAAAGGUCUCGAAGCGAGCUUUCGCAUCCCAUUUGUUCCGCAGAGGAGAGCCAUCCUCAGGCACCGAAGCUUUAGGCUUUUUCCAAACUCCUCGUCCGCGCGACCUCACACUGCCUGUAACUUCCACGCCAGAAACACUAAAUCCAUCUAAUGAAGAUAUCUUAAUGUUCUCCGAUGGUUCUGUUGCUGGCGAGGAGCAGCGCAGAGAAAAGACAACUACCACUCCUCUGGGCACAUCAGAGGAAGAGGAAGAGUCGACUGCUAAAAAAGCCCGCGGUGUUGAAGACGUCAAGACAGAGCCUUUGACUGACGACAUGAAGAAGAAGACGAUGUUCCUUGUUACAGUCCACGACUCGCCAAUAGGUCCUGUCCCCAUUCCAUUCACAGAGUGUGGCAACUUCCAUGUUCUCUUUCCUACGUUGAUCGAGGAGCGAGGUGUUCCGGAUGAGAUUGCAAGAAACGUCAAUGAUAUCACAACAAUUUUUACUUGGACUGGCGGAGAACUCGGAGGGAGGAUAGGCGGUAUUCGGAGGAACAAGCCAGGCGAUUGGGAUUAUUUUUGCAACAGUCUACGCGAAGCUCAUGAGAGGGAUACCGACCAUUUUAAAGGCAUUUGCGAGGUCGCUAUCAAACUGCAUAUCAAUGAUAGACAUAAAGAGCAUUGUUGA